UGGACACACCCACCACCCCUGCCUCCAACUGUUUGGUUCUGUCUUCUCAAAUAGUUUAAGCUAAGACUAGCCAGAAGAUAAUGCUUAUUUUUUUUCCAGCCUUGAAUGGCCUAUUCUGGCAGGCCGACAAGCCACUAUUGAAAAACUUGGAGUUGCACUAACCUGUGGUCAAAAUGAGCGCACGCCCGCCAGUCAGCGCUGGCAGUAUCCGCGCACCAGACCCGUCUAUAGGGCCUUGGAACAUCAGCUCUGUGAGCGCACAUCGUCUGAUGGAGCUUCAGCCGGCGUCCACCUCCGUUGCCAUGCGGGCACGAUGGCCCUUCCCAACGGUGGAUGUCCCAGAGCACCACCACUAUACCCUAGGCUCCAUCAUCUUUGCUGUGGGAAUAACAGGCAUGGUGGGAAACUUCCUUGUCAUGUACGCCUUCUGCAGGAGUAAAAGUUUGCGUACUCCAGCAAACUUUUUCAUUAUUAACCUGGCGUUGACAGACUUCCUCAUGUGUAUCACUCAGACCCCCACUUUCUUCAUCAACAGCCUGUACAACAGGUGGAUCUUUGGAGAAAAAGCGUGUGAGCUGUAUGCAUUCUGUGGAGCGCUGUUUGGGAUGACCAGUAUGAUUACUCUGAUGGUGAUUGCCGUGGACCGAUACUUUGUCAUCACGCGACCUCUGGCUUCUAUGGGUGUGAUGUCACGACGUAGGGCCCUGUACGUCAUGGCCGCUUCCUGGUUCUACUGCAUGGUCUGGUCCUUGCCGCCCUUCUUCGGCUGGAGUGCGUACGUGCCAGAAGGUUUGAUGACAUCGUGCUCGUGGGACUACAUGACAUUCACGCCGUCUGUCCGUGCUUACACCAUGCUGCUUUUCGUCUGCGUCUUUUUCAUCCCGCUCUUCGUCAUUAUCUACUGCUAUGUCUGCAUCUUUACCACUGUACGCAGCGCCACAAGGACAGUUCGAAAGAUCAACGAGGGCACCAGGGACUCGGUUAAGAGCAUGCAUAACAUGAGGAGUGAGUGGAAGACCGCCAAGAUUGCCCUCGUCGUUAUCUUGCUCUACGUCGUCUCUUGGGCUCCGUACUCCUGCGUGGCUCUCACCGCGUUUGCAGGGUACGCUGACAUGUUGACUCCAUAUAUGAACUCUGUUCCUGCUGCCAUCGCUAAAGCCUCAGCUGUCCACAACCCCAUUAUAUAUGCCAUAACACACCCAAAAUACAGGUUAGCGAUCAGUAGGUACAUCCCAUUCAUGGGCAUGUUGCUGUGCGUUCCUACCAGAGAUCGUUUUAGCAGCAGCAGCUUCAUGUCCACCCGUCGAUCAACCCUCACUAGUACAACAUCUGACCCCAACAAGACUAGCAGACGCCGCCACUCCUCCCAGUCGGACAACGAAUCAGCCCUUACAGACAUAGAGACGGAACUCUCUUCUCGUCCAGCCAGUCGUCAGGUUUCCAUUGAUGCAACCAAGCUACAACCCACCUCGUCCCAGAGGUCAAAGGGGCAUUGCUCCCUAAAGGUGAAAGGUCACGACUCUGGGGUGUUUGAGAAAGCGUCCUCUCAUUCCCCCUCCGACCCAGUCGUCUGUCGCCUGCAACACAUCAGUACUCUGACCGAGCCAGAGGACAUCUCCAUGUCUGAGAUCACUGGUUUGACCAAUAUCCUUCCUGCGCAAUCCUCUCUGGAGGAUAUCAGGAAGGGGAGGUCAUCUAAAAGGGUCCUAUCUGGCCAGACCCAUGCAGUCAUCGUCACUAGCGCAUCAAGCCACUCCAUCUCCCUGCUACAAAGACCAGAGUCCCACGACAACUCAGGUCACUAACGCAGAAAAGGUGUCAGACCUGUUGGGAGAGAACCUCUGGCUGGAUGUUGUGCAGUUGGACAAUGUGUGACACCGCUCUGUGUGUGUGUUAGAUCUCUGUGUGAUUGUGAGCAAUAUAAUCAGUCGAUAUAUUGAUGAUUAGCAUGUGAAGCUAUAUAGCACCACCGGACUGGCUUCAGGCUGCAGGAAGAAUUAGCUACUGUGGACUGUUCUGAUUUCUAUCAGAGUGAUGUUGUUACUGAGGACAUUCUCACCUACAAUGUUGAAAUGAGGUUCCAGGUUCUACCAACAAAACUAUAUCCAGCGCUCUGUUAUCCCUUUAAACCAUUAUCCUUCCUCUACCUUACACGCUGAGUUAAAUCAAGUGGAGUCUGUUGCACAUGUUGUGAAUGAUUGUCGUUCAUAGGAGAGUCAUUCCCAGCCUUGUUGCCCAGGUAACUACCGAGGUGAAACACAUGGUCCGACCAGCGCCACACAUUCACAAACAUUCUGGUGUCAGAGGAGCCCAGUUGGGCUUUUCUGGUGGGCCGAAAAAGUCUGAGGUUGUUGUGGGUGGAGGCCAGGGUGAGGUGCUCAUCCUGGAAGUGAGCUGCCCAUCUGACCGCUACACAGAGCAGACCUGCGCUGAUUAGUCCUAAAACAGCAGUCCCCUUACAAGCUGAUGGUAAAGGCUCACAGUGCUCACUGUUAGAACAACGGCUGAGACUCUAGAUAGGGAACGGUCUGUGUCAACAGUGAUGGCCAGCAUGGCGGGAGACAAAGAAGGGUUUCGAUAUCCAUGACCUUUCGUGAUCCUUUCAAGGUACCCUUUUCACUCUAGAGGGCAUGUGUGUGUGUGUGUGGGUGUGUGUGUCUAAAUCACAGUACCCAUAGUAUUUAGAUGUGUUAGUUGUCAUUUCUGCACCAUGGCCUGUGUGUGUGCGCGCGCGUGUGUGUGUGUGUCUGUAUUUGUGUGAGUGUGAGUCUUUGCAUACAUCAUAGCCCUUCCACAACAGUGUAGCAGCCACACAAUUGUUUCAGACUUUUUUUAUUUUUCAGUGCUCUCUGUUUUCCUGUCGUAUACUGUUCCUUCACGUUUUCCUGUCGUAUACUGUUCCUUCACGUUUUCCUGUCGUAUACUGUUCCUUCAUGUUUUCCUGUUGUAUACUGUUCCUUGACGUUUUCCUGUCGUAAACUGUUCCUUCAUGUUUUCCUAUCGUAAACUGUUCCUUCACGUUUUCCUAUCGUAAACUGUUCCUUCACGUUUUCCUAUCGUAAACUGUUCCUUCAUGUUUUCCUAUCGUAUACUGUUCCUUCAUGUUUUCCUAUCGUAAACUGUUCCUUCAUGUUUUCCUAUCGUAUACUGUUCCUUCAUGUUUUCCUGUCGUAUACUGUUCCUUCAUGUUGACUUUGAUUGUAAUGCUCCUUUUUGUGGACAAAAAAUAUUUUUUUGUUGUUCUGAAUGGUGACAAACUUAUUGAUUCGUAAUGUCUUAUACUGAUGAACUAAUUGUCUAUUCUGCUGUUUUAUUAUUGAAAUAUGAAUCAAAACCUGUUCAUUUUUAAUUGUUUCUAGUUUAUUGUACAUUUGUGAUGAUAGAUGUAUAAACUGGUUCAUUUCGUUUGUUUCUAUUUAUUUUAUUAAUGUAGUACUGGCAGCUUUGUAUUGAAAUCCUAUUCCAUCAGCAGUAUAUGUGUGCUGUGAGAAGGAUUUAAAAUAAAAGUUUGCUGAUUUGUGGGUGGUUGAAAACACAUUUCACAAUCAGCACAGUAACCCCCUCUGCUGGUUAAUGUCAGGUCUGUGUGUGUGGGUGGGUGGUUUUCUGUGUGUGGGUGUAUGUGUGUGUUUUAAUAUUAAUAACACAUUCAAGUCCAUAACAGAAAUGUAUGGUUAUAUUUGGUGCACUUUUUCAAUGAUCUUCAUAAGGCACAAAUCUGAAUACCUUUUUUAAACUUAUUUCAGCCAAAAUGGGACGUUGAAAAUAAUUUCCCUUAAAAAGAAAAAAUCUCCUAAUUUUAACCUAAAUCCUGGCUCUAAAACUCACUCCUGAUGCUUUACUCUAAUCCUCAUUUUUACAGGACCUCAAAUUUUUAUGUGACAAUAUUUAGCGUUUUUCAGUUUAACCUUGAUUUGAGGAAAUGUGUGAGGAACAACUUAUUCAGCAAAGAUGGAGAAAGAUGGAAAAUGUCUAAAAGGUAUUUCUUAAAUCUUAAACUGUCGGGUUUUGGAUUAUUUUCAUACCUGGAAAACAAAAUACAUUCUAAAAGAGACAUAAAACAUUGCAAAAAGAUGGUCUGAUCACUCCUACUGAAGUACGAGCUUCAAUAUAUAAACCAUGCCACUCACCCUUCAACGCUGUGAUGCAAACGUGUUA